CCUUAAUUCUUAUAAUCGCUCUCACAUGUAAAAAUAAUAUAAUUCCAUUCUUGAAUGAGUUGUUCAUCGAAUUUUUUAAUUUUUCAUAUAAAAAGCAGAAAUAAUAAAUAUUUUCAAAAAUUUAAAUGUCUUUGAGACAUAAUAAAAAUUAAGGUUAAUAAAUAUGUCAAAGAAAGUAUUAAACACAGAUAUACAGACCAAUGAAGAAAUUAUAGACGAAUUAACACAAGGUAUUGAAUCCCAACGUAUUCAAGAUGAAUUACUAUCGAAUAGUGAUAAUGAACACAUUCCAGAAGACGAUACGACUAGUAAUGAUUCAGAGGUAAUAAAUCCAGAAGAUCCAGAAUGUGACCAAAAAGAUAUGACAGAUAACGAUGAUUAUGUUGACGAAGAAGCUUUGAAAGAUUUAGAAACAACGUUAACAGACGACCAAAAAAUUGAAAGAAAACAACAAUCAAUAGAUUUAAAAAAUAAAGGGAAUGAUAUAUUUAAAACCGGUAAUCACUUAGAAUCACUAAAAAUUUACACAGAAGGUUUAAAUCUAUGCCCGCUAAGUUUUUCACAAGUCCGAGCAAUGUUAUACUCAAAUAGAGCUGCAUCGAAAGCAAAACUUGGACGUACUGAAUCUGCAAUUGAAGAUUGUACGAAAGCAAUAGAUUUGGAUGAGAAUUAUAUACGAGCUUUAUUGCGCCGGGCACAAUUAUAUGAACAAACUGAUAAAUUAGAUGAAGCUUUAGCUGAUUAUCAAAAAGUACUUACUUUAGAUCCCUCUGUACAAGAAGCACAACGGGCUGCUAUUAGAUUACCACCAUUGAUUGCUGAGCGAAAUGAGAAAAUGAAAGAGGAAAUGAUGGGAAAACUGAAAGAUCUUGGUAAUAUGUUCUUGAGACCGUUUGGAUUGUCCACAGAAAAUUUUAAACUACAACAAGAUCCAAACACAGGAGGGUAUUCAGUUAAUUUUCAACAAAAUUGCGUGAAGGGAUUUAAAAAACAUAAUGGCUGUCGUAGUAUCAUAAUAAAGUCGUUAUUUUAUUGUUACUGUAAAAAGUAUAAACAUAUUAAUUAUUUACAAAAUAUCAGAUUUACCAAGCGGUUUUUAUAUUUUCUUUUGAAGAUACUGAAAAAAAUGAAUAAAGAAAAAACUGGAAAAAAAGGUGCUUCAAUAACGUCAGGCCGACGUGGAAGUAGAAGCUCAAAUGCAUCGAAAAGUGAUAUGACUGAAAUUACAACCACGACAACCACUGAAAAAAUUGAAACAAGUGAAACAAAAAUAAAUGGAAACACUAUUGAAUCGUCAGAAACCAAAGAAAGUUUUGUGGUUAUCGAAAACGUGAAUUUAAACGAAGUUCUAUCCCAACAUGAUAUCGGCAAAGAAACAGUUGAAUUGAAAACUGAUGAAAAUAAUACCAAUAACACGGUUGAUGGUCAAAGUGAUGGUGAAAAAAUGGAACCUCUGAUUUAUGAGAGUGAUGAAACUGAAUCAGAACUCGAAAAAUUAUCAGCGGAAUCGUCCGAUGUUGAUUCGGAUAAAUGUAAACAGCAAGUAAGUGGAUCAUCUCCUGUUUUUAAUCGAAGUACAACACGCAGAUCUGAUUUUCGAAAUAUUCCAACACCCAAAACACCAAAAGCAGUUGUGGUUCCUAUAAAUGGUGCCAAUGAAGAAGUUGAAAUUCAAGAUAGUGGUAAAGAAGAAAUUGAUACCGACGUUAAAUUAACACAACAAACUACCGUUGUUAUUGAAAAAAUAGAGACAACGGAAACAAUAGAAGAAGUAAAUACAUCUGCGAGUACAGAAAAUGGGACAUCGACAAAUAAUUCAGAAGAAAUUUGUGAUAAAUCUGAUACACUUGAAACUAACGGAUAUACCAAAAAUGAUGACGAUAUUGAAAGCUCAUCAGGAUCAGUAAGUAUUGAAUUACAAAAUUUAAAAGAUACAUCGUCUAUAAAAUCUACACCAGAUGUUUCUGUAUCAUCGUUUGAAAAUAUUAGUGUAGCUGCAGUUUAUAGUGGUGAUAAUACUACACAGAACAUUGAUUUUACGAUUCAAGAUGAUCAAUUGUCAAGUAAUGACGCGUCUACGGACUCUCGUAGCCAAUUUGUUGAUCAAACACGAGAUCUUAGCUACAUAAAAACGCUAAAAGUAAUUUCUGGGCGUAAAACACUAAGAGACCUGCGCCAGGCAAGCUUUAAUAACAUUCAAAAAAAAUAUCAAGAUUCACCACGUAUUGGAAAAGUUCAAGGCCAACCACGUGACGUCAAUUUGAAACGCAAGGGAGAUUCAUAUGUGUCUGACGUACAAUUAGAUUGUUCAAAACGUAUGCGAGUCGAUGAAAGUAAUGGAAAUGAUAGUGGAAUUUUGUCAUACGUUUCCAGCCCAAUAAAUAUGUUAAAAAUGAAAUUUGCCAACUCGAGUACACCAAUUCGAUCUCGUGACUAUGAAAGUAAUAGUUACAGUGAAGAAAUUAAUGUUGAAGCGGUGAAUAACACAUCAAAUAAAGCAAACACUUGGUGUUCCGUACAGUAAAAACUUCAUUUUUUUAAUGAAAAAAUAUUUACAUGUAGUAUUCCAUAUGCCUCCUUUUUUUUUUUAAUUAAACCUUUAAUCUUGUUAGUUGAAAGAUUAAAAGAAAAAAAUCCUAUUACAAAUGAGGCCAUAAUUCAUUUUUAGCUAUUUUCAAGCAAAUAUUUUGUUUUAUAUAAUUAAUAAUAUUGCUUGAACAUAUCUAUUAAUACUUAAAUAAUAUAUUACACAUCUAGGGAGCAAAAGUCAAGAAUAUCUCAGACAUUCUUUACUUGCUUCCGUGAUGUGUAUACUAUUUUUCUGCUCGGUGGAGGCGGAAAGCGGCUCGACACUGUCCGCCCGCAAGGGAGCAAAAAAAAUUUAAUCUUAAAGAAAUUACAAAAAAAAUUGAAUCUGUGCAUUUAGAUUGGUACAAAAUUUAUUCCAUUUUUAAAAAUUUUUUAUCUAGUGACUCAUUUAUUAUGUAUUGGCUUUUAAAUGCAAAGACAUUCUGUUAAUGAUCCAAACUUUUGUAAAUUGAAAUAUUUCCCUGUUACAUCUACAAAGAGUUUAGAAUGAAAUUGUUUGAUGAAAUGAUCGUCAAAAAGGUAAACAUUUUUUUAGAUUAUGUUAGAAGCAACUUAAUUUAUUUUGAAAAAAAUUUAUCAUUUUAAAGCCAGAUUUGGUUUUUGUAAAGACAAAUCUUCGAUUGUCUUUAGGUACAUUAAAAUGAUAUAAUCAUGUUUAAUAUUCCAACAAAAAAGAAUUUCCCAGAUAAAAUUUAAUUUUACUUAACAAGCAUCAAGAUAUAGAGUAUAAGCCGUACCAGUAACUACAUAAAAGACAUUUACUCCUAAAAUAACUUUUGAAACUUAAAUUAUAAUAAAAUUAUAUCAUUUUGAUAAUCUCAUGUCGAACAGAUUUUAUUCCAUAAAUGUAACAGAGAAAAAAGUAUUCUUUAGAAUAGACACUCAGAUAACUUAAAUACUCGUUCCCUGAAUUUUAUUACAUUUUAAACAAAGAGUAAAGCACCUUAUUGGAAUUUUGAAUAACGAAAAGAUAAAUUCGCUUUUCAAAUUCUGAUUGGCGAUGUAAAUUGGAAAAACAGAUCUUUAUUUAAUUACUUAACAUUUUUAGUCUAUACUCAGUAAGGUUUUUUUUUCAUACAGUUUGACUGAAAGUCUCGUUACUUUAGUAUUAUUUUAAUUCAUUUAACCAUAGCAAUAAUGUAUUUUUUGUCCUACUUGUGUAAUUCCUAGUUUUUAAAGUUAUCAUUGUCGAAUAAAAGCCUUAGUUUACCAAUAAAAACGCGAAUUCCAACUUGUAGCUUUUUUAAUGGUUGAAACGUAGUGGUAUUUUUAUUUAAAAGAUUAG